CCCGGCACCUCUCACAGCUGCGACCGCGGGCAGGCGGCCCUCGGCCGAGCCGAGGUGGACACUCUCCUGCCGGCGCUCCUCAGGACGGGCCCAGUCCACCGGGACCUCCGGCCCUUCAGCGCCCUGCACAGCUGCGGGCUCCUGGGGCUCCACUGUCUGCAGGCCUCCUUCCCCAUCUUGCUCUCUCUGCCCCUCCGUUCAUUUCCAUUUUCGGGGACAACGGGCUUGGCCCUGCGCGCACCUCUGAACCCCAGCAGGCUGCUGCCCCCCAGCCCACUGCUGUGGGGCUGACUUCACUGCUGACCCAGGGAUGCCCCCCAGCCCCACCCGGAGGGGGUGCCCCACCUCAGGGCAGGAAGUGCUGAGGGGAGGGGGACUGGGAAGAGGGGUCCCCACGGGGCUCCCCUCGGGCCUCAUCCUGCCUCAUGCCCCCAGCAAGCCCCUGGACCGGAGCCCCACGUCAGGGCUGCUCCAAGAACCUCCAGGUCAAGACCCAGGACGUGAGGGCAGGCGCUGGCCCUGCCGCCUGCACCGUCCACUCCCCUCCAGCCCCCGGUCCUCGCGCUGAGCUGGGGUUGCGCCCAGGCAGGCUCCCCGCUGCUCGUCCAUUGGUGGCCCGGUCGAUUCCCAGCCCGGUGGGUUCUCUGUGGGACAGCAGACCCCGGAGCUGCACCCUAACGCCCGCCCGCCCCUGAGUCACCUCAGCCUGGCCGCUCCUGGGCUGCAGCCUGGGCUCAGGUCAGGGUCAGCCAGGGAAGGAGCUUCUCUUUACUGUUUGUCCUCAUCGCUCGGCACCUGGCCUCUUAGUUCCCAACUAGAGAUGGAGCCUGUGCCCCCUGCAUUGGGAGGGUGGAGCCUUAUCCACCGGACCACCAGGGAAGUCCUGAAGAAGGAGCUUUUUUCUGCCCAGCUCCGGCUGAAGGGCGCGCCCCAGUGUAGCCCCCUUCUGUGAUGGACCCAAAGGCCCCUAAGAAGUCCCACCAGGGAUGGAAGAGUAAGGCCAGGAUGCAGGAGAAGUUUGCCAGGAAGUUUCCAUACAGGUUCUCCUGGCUGAUGGGGACCAGCUCAGAGCUCCUGCAGCCCUGGGAACUCACGAAGAUGAGCAGCUUGCUGCGGGAGCAGCUGCCCCUGCAGAAGACGCUGCUGCCCACAAGGUCCAUCCCCGUCCGAGGGCUGGGGGCCCCAGAUUUCCUGCCUCCCUCCUGCCUCCAGCCGCCACCAUCGCCGCCAAGAAACCUCUGGGAGCUGGCACUGCUGACCCGCCGCUUCCCCAGGCCCGCGGCCCCCUCGCCCGCCCCCCGGAGUCCCGCUCUGCACCACCUGUCUCUGGGCCACUCGGCCCUCAGGCGCUCGUGACGGGCCACUGGGAGCUCCCUCUGGGCAGA